GUCAACUGUUCGUACUCAGUAGAUGUGUCAGAGUCCGUUCAUGACGGCCAGCAACUAUCAAUCAGGUACGAGCUACGGCACGUCCAUGGAAGACAUGGAAGUCGGAUCUCUUGACGCUGAAAGACAACAGCAUGUGCGGUGGUCUCUCUGCUGCUCAUCUACAGCAGCAUCUAGUGUACCGGCACGACUUCGAUAAAAAUCACCUCACUGCACAAAGAAGCGGUGUGAUGCACGCAAAAGGGCAGAGCGAUCUAGGACAAAUCGUGUGCACACUACGGCGAUGGCUCGGAUAAAAGGACACCUCGGCGCGCAGACACGUACAAAAAGAACGACACACAUGGCUGACUUCACAAGACCGUUGCGGCGAAACAAUUGCCGCAAACCAACACGAAGGCCAACACCAACAGACAGUGCACCACCCACACACAAUUAACACGAUCAAUCGGUCAGUCACGCUGGUGUGCGGCACGUCCUCUCGGGCGACGACAGAGCACUCGCAGGCAGAGGUUUGGGGAAGUCGAUGGGCAGGGGCAGGAGGGCGGCAGUUGGCAUGGCGGGGAGGGGGCCUCUCACCACCUGACACAACACAUUACAGGAAUUAUCUCUCACGUGCAGGUGUGUGUGUCCAUCGCACCCACCUGAUACACUUCGAUGACGUCAGCCGUGAAGUCAAGGCGGUCUGCGAGAAUGUUGUCGCCGUCGGAAAGCACCGUGCCGGUGAAUCCUGGUGGUGUGAUGUCUUCGGGGAUCCACUGAUGGCAGCUGAGGAUGGAGGGCGACGGAGUGGACGACCGAGAGAACCCCAGCCAGAGUUUGGCGCCUGCAAUGAAGAUCUUGCUGGAAAUGGUGCCGCUGUUCGACAGCACAGCUCCGUCCCUCCCGGCCACCUCCACCCGCUGCCUGCCUUGCGGUGGGUGGAUCUGUGUGGGCUGAGGGAAGCUGCCGCUCAGUGAAAAGAAGAAGAGCUCCCCUCUGGUCGUCUGUGUGGAUGUCGGGUCGCUGGGUUGGUUCAGGGAGCCGUCGAAGAAGACGCCAAACUUGUUGCUGCGGUUCUUGACGGCGAACAGCAGACCGUGAGCCGACCCCACCUUGCCCAUGAGGUCAGCGAAGCUGUCACCGUCACGUGUCGACCUGACGGACAAGAGAGGCAGUCCUCUUCGCGUAUCCACUGCUUUAUUCCCACUUGUUUCGUCUUGCCUGUAGAGCAGACGGAGCCGCGCAUCUUGGAAUGGUCGUCUCAGCCACCGCCGCAGAUGGGGUAUGUGUGGCCUCUUGAUGAGUGAGGGGCUGUCAGAAACGCCAAAACCCACCUUGUCGACCUAUAAGCACAAAGCAAGUCAUCACCUGUCCCUCUCUCUGUCGCUUCUGCCUUUCCUUUCCUCUCACGUGUUGGUAGAUGUAUCUGAGAUUGUCGGGGUCGUUGAAGUUGCACUGAUGGCCCUCAGUCAGCAGCAGCUGAAUCGUUAUCACGACGCCCAAUGCGUAAGCCUUCUUCGUGUCAGGCUGCAUCGAAGAAAAAUCGUUGCCAAUGAGGCCGUCCAGCCGCUCGACGAGCACAUCGACAUCGGUCGUCAUGGGAGCCAGCCGCGCACCCUCUGUCGCACCAACCUGGACGGGGAGCAACACACGUGUCUAUGUCCUCUCUCAGUGCUACCUAGUGCUUGCCGCUGGCUCACCGCUCGUGGCGGCAGCCCUCUCGGUGUCCGUCUGUCGUGUCUGAAGACGCUGUGGACCCACGAGUAGGCGUUGCUGCCGAAGACGGGGCAGUCGGGCGGAAUGGGCUCACCGGGGAAACUCAACUCAUGCAGCGAUCGGGCCGUUUGAACGGCCUGCAGAACAGGUUGCUUAGUUCAGAACUACCUUGGCUGCUUGAUUACCGACCGUGUCGAGUUUGUAGAUCUCUCGGACUAUGCCGUUCCCGCAGCUGUGCAGCUUGCCCAGGUACUGCAUGGAACAGUUGUGCCCUGUCUGUGCUGCCUGUGGGAUGAAGCCUGCCCAGAUGCCGUCCGCUCCCCGCCGCACACACUCCCACGCCAUGGCCUGCGAGCUGUCCGAGUGAGGCGCCGCGUGUGAGUGCACCAGCAGCUUGAAGUCGCCAGACGGGAAUGACAGCCUGACACAAAACGAACUCGAAUGUGGUGGAGUGUCAAUGGCCAUCUGCGGCCGCUUCUCACCUGAGUCGCGAGGUCACUUCAGCGUAGUCGUCGAUGUCAGCGUUGCCCAAGCCGCCCUCAAAACAGAUGCCUUUCAGGAUCGCGGUGCUCUCUGACGUCAAGGAAUCGAUCACUUCCUGCACUCACAAACACAAUGACACCAACACGUGCAUUAUCCUUGAGCAAAUCGCCUCACCUUCACUUGUGGAGCGUCCAGGCUCACGUCGGAGUCCAGCAGAUCCACGAAAUUGAUGUACAGGUGAUUGCGCUUCAGCCACCUGUACCCCGACGCGCUGGGCUGAGAGUCUUCGUGAGGCAUGCCAUCAUUGUCGGCGGCCAUGACCACGUCCCUGUCGAGCCUCCUGAAGUGCUCGUGGAUGCGGCCGAUGGUGGUCUGGAGGCUUUGAAGUGAGCUACUGCCUGUGCGGGCGCCCGCAAAUGUGUAGUCGAGCAUCACAUUGGGGAUGCCGGAUGCCUCCAGCCUCGCCAGUGCCUCAUCGUCGCCUGACAAAGCACAGAACGCCGCUCAUCAGUGACAUGAACAUGACCCUUCGGAACGGGGCCCCUCACGCACCUGUUCCCAGCAUGAACCAGCAGCCGCUCAUCCGCGGCUCCUCGGCCCGCAGCAGCUGCGCAAAUCGGUCUUCCACCCGCGGCAUAGACCCAUAGUAGUGGCCGACGACAGCCACGUCGCGGAAGCCGAAUGCCCGCCCUUUGCGGAAGAUCCUGAUCUUGACGUCUGGCGUGUGGCCGAAAGGGGUCGUUGUGGCCGACUCAGGGAUGCUGUGGUCAAUGAUGUCAAGGGGAUUGGCCUUCCUGAGCUGCUCUCUCGUUGUGCGUCGGCGAGGCCGGCGCCUUGAAGUCCGCUCCGACUCUGCGGUCUCAUCGCCGCUCGAGGCCAUGCGUGGGGAGAUCUCAGAUCUCUGGAAGAAGAGCUCGCAGAGAGGAUCGCCGGUGCGCGAACGAAAGGAAUGACUCAU